GUAGCCUUCCGUUCAGUGACUAAAAAAAAAUGAAACAAAAAUAAUAAUAAUCGUCCCCUUUGAAAACCACCACAUUCUUUGGUCUCCUCUUCUUUUGACCGUACAAUAUCCCUUUAAAGACUUGGGGGAGCAGUCCAUUUCACCCAAAGGGGGAUUCUCUCACGAGAACUGUGACAUUUCUACGCGUUAAAAAUAUGAAACUUUAUUGGGUGGAAAUCGGAAUGCUUUCUGUCGUUUAAUAGUAACUUAUUACACCAUAGCGAAUCGAACAAUGAGUACGAAAUGGUUUUGAGCGUCGAUUAAAUAAAAGUGCUUCACCCUUUUGGGGCGCCUCUAUUAAUAGCAUCAGCUGUUGCAAUACAAAGAUGAGCUACUCGACGUAUUGUUCCGCAGAUGUGGGAAGCCCGGCUGCGGCGCGAGGGCGGCGGCGGCGACGGCGGCGUCGUUGUCGGUGGUUAUGCGAAGCCAAGACAGGCUGGGGGUUGAAAAAAAACCGAACAAUUAUGUCGUCUUGAAUGCUGUUUUUCCUCCUUCACGUCUAUUGACCGGCGCAUCGUAACUGCCAAAAACGAGCCGCCUUUUCCACCGCUUCCGCCGUCGCUGCCGCUGAGGGUGUAGCCAUGGCGACCAGCGCGGUGCCGAGCGACAACCUGCCAACGUACAAGCUGGUAGUGGUGGGAGACGGCGGCGUCGGAAAGAGCGCGCUCACCAUCCAGUUUUUCCAGAAGAUCUUUGUGCCGGACUAUGAUCCCACCAUAGAGGACUCGUACCUUAAACACACGGAAAUCGACGGACAGUGGGCCAUACUGGACGUGCUGGACACAGCCGGUCAGGAGGAGUUCAGCGCCAUGCGGGAGCAGUACAUGAGGACGGGAGACGGCUUCCUCAUCGUCUUCUCGGUGACGGACAAGGCCAGCUUCGAACACGUGGACCGCUUCCAUCAGCUGAUACUGCGGGUCAAAGACAGGGAAGCCUUUCCGAUGGUGCUGGUGGCAAACAAGGUGGACUUGGUCCAUUUGAGGAAGAUCACCACUGAGCAGGGCCAAGAGAUGGCGGCAAAACAUAACAUCACUUACAUUGAAACCAGUGCCAAGGACCCCCCAAUGAAUGUAGACAAGGCCUUCCACGAGCUGGUCCGUGUCAUAAGGCAACAAGUCCCCGAGCGAAACCAGAAGAAGAAGAAGAAGCUGAAAUGGCGAGCGGAGCGAUCGACGGGUUCUCACAGGUUCCGCUGCGUCAUUUUGUGACCGACGUCUUUCCUCCACGUACACGCAAAUACCUUCGCCUGGCAAGGGGAAACUCCCCAGUAAGUCCAGGACUACUGGAGCACAAAAAAAAAAAAAAAAAAAAAAAGGGGGAGAUAACUGAGGGGGGCGGGGGGGUCUUUCGCCUCCAUUUUUUUUUUUCCCCCGUGGAGGAUUUUGAUGUCCUCCCCACCCGUUAAUACCAAACCAAAACGACUGACGUCUUAAUUUGGUGUUUUGCAAUGUGAGACCAGGAAGUAGAAAUCAAGAUGGCCUACAAUCAAAAAAAAAAAAAAAGGAAGGGAUGUGUUUCAAGGACGGAUUCUACUGGUCAUCGCUCGUCAUCCCGGGGGAGAAAAAGCCCCCCACCGGUUGGCGGUUUUGGUUCUGUUCUCGCUAAACCGAGCGGAUGUCGUGGCGGAAAAUGGCGGAAGCCCCCAACAAACGGUCCUUUUGGGACGUCCUCGAAGACCCAGUAAGUCUUUGGAAACGGAAAGUUGGUCAAGCGGCGGCGUGAAAUGCGAAAAGCGGAUCGGGACAGGAUGUCGGUACAGGUGAGGGUAAAAGGUCGGGGGUCACGUGACGAAACACACGAGAGGGCUCGUACAAAACGAUGACGCCCGUGCGAGCUUUAAGAGCCUCAAUAAGUUGAUUGUCAUUCAAGUGACUUUCAACGUUUGAGUGGAAUAAUAACUUUUUCCUUAAAAAUGCCGCUAUAUAUAUUACCCCCCCCAAUACUACAACUUGGUGAAACAAGCUUCUUCUUGUCAUUGGCUUGAUAUCAUACUUCAAUGCAUUAAUUUAUUAUUUGAUUUUGAAUAUUUACUUGUUUUCCGUUUGCCUUGUAAAUUACGAUCGUUUUCUCUUCCUAAUAUUAGUACGACUUUAUUUAUGCUUACAAUUUUUACAAUUUUUUUUUUACAGAAUAAGGUCUUUUAUCCUUGAGUUCAGCUUCGAUUUAUAAAAAUUCCAUUUUUGUUUUAAUAUUCCUCUAUUCUGAGACAAUGUUUACUUUUCUAUAAGAGUACGUAAAUAUCACGACUUCAAUGUUCUCAUCUUCCUACUUUUGGACAAUGAUGACUUUUUAACUAAAUUGUGUCUUUAUUGUUGCAAGAACUUUUAUUUUUUUCACUUUUUACCCAGAAUAUAAUUUGCAGAUUUUUUUAAAGUAAUAUUUUUCUCCCCCAUCAUUCAGAUUUUUUUUUUUUUGUCCAUUUAUCACUUUAGUUUCAGGGAAAAAAAAAAAAUCACAACUAUGUAUGUAAUUUGUAAAAUGUACAUAAACAUACAUUCAUAAUGAACAAUAAUAAUGUACCCACGGAAAAAUAUUUUCUCCCUCUUAGAAUUAUGCUGUUGUACUUGAAAUAUGACUCCCCCCCACUCGAUUAUGGAACCUUUUUUUAAUCGUAAAAUCAGCGUUCCUCCUUUACAUUUUUGUAAAAUGACGGCAUUUUUCAUUCAAAUAUUAUCACUUAAUUCUCAAAAAUAUGACUUCAUUGAAGUAGUAUUUUAACCCCCCCCAGUAUAAUCCAUUGGUAAGUCAUCUUGAUUGUGAAUAGAAAAUCCCGCAACGUCGAUUUUUGGUGUCGGAUGUGAAAAUUCCGACGGCGGGCGCUCGAACCACCUCAUGAAUGCGACGUGGACGCUUUGAUAAAAACCAAUCAAUUCAGGUUGUGAGACCAAUCGCGCACACGCUGCGAGACCAAUCGCACUCAGCCAAGGGACGGCGCACGUCGAAACCGGGGGAGCGAGCGAGCGCCGGGACCAGCCCGAAGGUCCCGGCGCGAAGGGGACUUUUGACGGCACCUCCGUGAGGCAAUAUGACGUCAAAAAUACGACAACAAUUUUGAGGUGAGCGGCGACGUACAAUUUAAUAAUCGAUGAAAUGGCUCGGACUGUUAACGCGCUACAGGGAAAAAAAAAAAAAAAAAAAUUGGGGCACCUGUUGUCUGAAUGAUUUUUGUCUGUCAGAGUUUUUGCACUUUUCACACAAAUGUCGGACCUUCCUGCGAGCAUACGACGAGUGCAAUGGUCCACGCGGUUUGGAAUGUAAAAAUCUUGAAAGAAAAAAAAAAAAAAAACUGUUGUUAAAAAAUAUGUUGUACUGUUGGCCCCGUGUGUGUCCGUCUGGGUGUUGGAUUGAUUCCUAAGGACCGACCGGGACAGAGACCCAAACGUGCACUUGAGGUUUUUCAAAAGGGAAAAGAAAUCAAAGCCAACGCGAAACAAAACAAGUAUGUCAACUUCAAAGGGACGACCUCACAAAGACUGAAAGAGGAACUCGGGAAAAAAAUAUGAUUAUGUUGCAUCCUGUGACUUUGAUACCAUUUUGUCUUAUUGAUCUGGAAACUUGUGUGUGUUUUUAAACAAUAAUUCAGUAUAUUGAUGGAUGUUACCUCAGCGUGUCCCAGACCUGGACAAAAAAAAAAAAAAAAUUCCCCUAUUUUUUUUUAUUUUUUUGAUGGGAUGUCAAACUAGAUUCUGGGUUUUUCUUUGCCUUUUUGAUCUCAUUUAUAGCCAUGUGGGAAAAAAAAAAAGUUGAUCAUGUUUUUCACCCUGUCGUCAAUGCAAUGUGGAUGAAGGACACACUACAGGAGUACUGCAGUAUUUAUGUCCAAGACGUUUGCGGAUGUUUCGCUUAGCCUAGCUUGAAAGGUUAAAUUUAUCAGCCAUCAAAGCAUUUAUUGGAUGCAGGGGUGUUUGAAACUUUUUCCUUUACAUAAAUUAUAGAUUAAUUAAAAGAAAAAUUGUUUAAACCCCCCACCCCACUGCUUUGCUAAGUGAAAUAUCUGUUUCAACCCGUUGUGCUAUGCUAAGCAACUUAUUUUGCCUAAUGUUAUGUUUUUAUGCUAAGCUGUUUUAUUUAUUUUUUUUUUAACUCCAUGCUUUGUUAAUUUUCUUCGCUAAUGUUAUCCUAAAUGGCUCGUGGCCCUCAUGCUGGGUGAAGCAAUAGUUUGAAACCAUAAGUUACUUUCCCACGCUAAUGCUACCGUAAUUUUGCACGCCACAAUUUUAUCAGCCACCAAAGCAUUUAUUGGGUGCAGGGGGGGGUCCAAACUUUUUCCUGUAUAGAAAUGACAGAUUAGAUUAUUAUAGAAAAGUUGAUUACCCCCUCACUGCUAUGCUAAGCAAAAUAUCUGUUUCAAACCAUUGUGCUAUGCUAACCAACAAAUUUUUAGCCUGCUAUGUCUUUAUGCGAAUCAGUUUUUGUUUUUUUUACUCUGCUAAAAAACUCUUUUUUUUUUAACCUCACGCUUUGUUAAUUUUCUUCCGCUAAUGUUAUACCAAACUGCUCGUAGCACCUCAUGCUAGGUGAAAAAACUCUUUGAAACCAUAACAGUUACUUUUCCACGCUAAUGCUACUGUAAUUUUCCACUCCGCAGCUUAUCAGACACCAAAGCAUUUACUGUAUGCAGGGGUGUACAAACCUUUUCCUUUUUAGGGAUUAUAGAUUAUAGAAAAAUUGAUUACCCCCCCACUGCUAUGCUAAGCAAAAUGUCUGUUUCAAACCAUUGUGCUAUGCUAAGUAACUUAUUUUGCCAAACGUUAUGUCAUUAUGCUAAGAUGUUUUUUUUUUAAACUCUCCUAAGAACCUAAUUUUCUUCCGCUAAUGUUAUCUUACACUGCUCGUAGCACCUCAUGCUAGGUGAAGAAACUAUUUGAAACCAUAACUUACUUUUUCGCGCUAAUGCUACUGUAAUUUUCCACUCCACAACUUAUCAGCCACCAAAGCAUUUCCUUUAUAGAAAUUAUAAAUUAUAGAAACAUUUAUUCCCCCCCCCACUGCUAUGCUAAGCAAAAUAUCUGUUUCAAGUCAUUGUGCUAUGCUAGCCAACGUAUUUUGCUAUGUUAUGCAUUUCUUACACUUUAUGCCAUGAAGACAUUUUUUUUUUACCUCACGCUUUGUUAACUUUCUUCUGCUAGUGUUAUCCUAAAAGGCUUGUGGCAUCUCAUGCGAGGUGAAGCAACAGUUUGAAACCAUAACAGUUACUUUCUCGCGCUAAUGCUACCGUAAUUUUCCACUCCACAUUUUACGAGACACCAAAGCAUUUACUGGAUGCAGGGGUGUCCAAACGUUUUCCUUUAUAGAAAUUGUUAUAGAUUAUUGUAGAAAAAUGUAUUACUCCCGCCCUCCCCCAUGCUAUGCUAACCUAAAUAUCUGUUUCAAGCCAUUGUGCUAUGCUAAGCAAUUUAUUUUCCUAAUUUUGUCUUCGUGCUAAGCAUUUUUUUUUUUUUUUUUACGGAAAAAAAAAAAAAUUUACCUCAGGCUUUAUUAAUUUUCUUCUGCUAAUUAUCCUAAAAUACUCCUGGGACUUCAUGCUAGGUGAAGCAACAGUUUGAAACCAUAACAGUUACUUUCCUGGGCUAAUCCCACCGUAAUUUUCCACUCCGCAACUGUUUGUAGCGCUAAUGGCGCUAAGCUAAGCAGCUGCUUCUUCUUCUCUUCAAAGUUCUGUGAACAAAGGGCCCUUGUGCUAUUUUGCUCCAGGUUAGCGAGCAUAACUCCCGUGACCAUCCACAUCUAUCCAUUUUCUUUUCCCCUUAUCCUCACAAGGGUCACGGGGGAGUGCUGGAGCCUAUCCCAGCUGGCAGGAGGCGGGGUACACCCUGAACCGGUCGCCAGCCAACCGCAGGGCACGUGGAGACAAACAGCUGCACUCACAAUCACACCUAGGGGCAAUUUAGUGUCCAAUUAAUGUUGCAUGGGAGGAAACCGGAGUACUCGAAGAAAACCCACGCAGGCACGGGGGUAGAACACGCAAACUCCACACAGGCGGGUCCGGGAUUGAACCCGGGACCUCAGAAGUGUAACCCUUGUGAGGAUAAGUGGCUUGGGAAAUGGACAGAUGGAUGUUUGCCCCUACGCUAUGCUAAGAAUCUGUUUUUUGCUAGCGUACUUUUUCAAGCCAUUAUGUCAUAAAAACAUAACUUUUAUGGCCAAACGCCACGCUUAGCAAGUGUUUUGCUCAAUGAACAGAAGUUUCAUUUCGCGCUUGUGCUCAGUUUAUGUGUGAGCGGCAUCCAGUCAAUGUUUGCAUCCAUUUUGUCCAGGGGUUCCUUUAAGAAGAUGAAACUCAUGCACAGCAUAAUUUAUUUAUUUUUUUGUUUCGGAAAAGUCACCCUUUUUAGAAUAAUCGCUGGUACAAAAAAUAAAAUAAAAAAGAGCUUCUGCCGUUUGUUAAUGAAUGUUUGGCCCGACCAAAUCCGAAAUGUGGAAGGUGCAUCAAGGGUUGUUCAACCCUGAUUGUCAUGUGAGCUAAAUUGAGCACUUUUUUUUUUGUCGCCGACUAUUUUGAAAGGUGAUGAAAACGAAUUGACGAGCCUUUUUCCGUCUCCGUCCCGUCGUGCUGUUUUCCGAAUUUUGCGGCCUCUUUUGUGCUUUUCAAUGUGUGUGUGUGUGUUUUUUUUUUUUUUUGACAGGUCUUUUUUUGUCCUUUAUCUGACUGAGGAGCUAGUCGAGGUGCAAACGGUGCCUUUUUUAAUCUAGCCUCAGGGGGGCCUUCACAAUAAAAGUGUUAUGUAUGACUCAACACUGACUCAAUUAUUAUAUAUGUUUUGGUUUUGUAAUUCGGAGUGGUUAACCGCAUGGAAUGAACACGUAUUGAAUUGAUACUUGUUAUACCUUAAUUGCUUGAACACUGCCACUUUGAAAUGAUUAAAUGCUAUAAAUAUGAUAGUUUAUUAAAUACAACCAAAUUGAACCUAAACGUACUGUUAACGUAAUAUUUAAUAUAUGUAUACAUACAUUUUUUGAGGUAAG